UGCUCCACGCCGCUUUCCUGCCCGCGUCCACUCACCGCCACGCCGCUAGGAGAGCCAGCUUUGUCCUGCCCGCCGACAAAAAGGACUUUGACCGCCACGGCGAAAGAAGCGAGGAAGGAAGAGGCGCCCCCCCCCCCCCCCCCUCUUCUCCCCCUCCGACAUGACCUCCUCUCCAUCACAUCGCUAAAUGGGAUUUGACAACAGCCACUUGCCAUCAUUCUUCAAAUGAGGACCAUUUAACCGCUUUUGUGUUCAUCUCAAGACGCCACAAAAGGUCUGCACAUGGGGGCGGGCAAGAGCAAGCCCAAGGAACCGGGCCAGCGCUCCAUGAGUGUAGACGGCACAAUCGGCACAGGCUCCGACAGCGGCCACUUCCACCACCUGGGCCCCGCCCAACAGACCCAAACACCAAACAGAAGCCCUGCGGUGGGCACCGGGCGGCGGGGCUACCAGGGGCAGUACCAGCACGCCCCCACCAACACUCCUGAGCUGGCUCUCUUUGGAGGAGUGGACCACACGGGUACUGUGACCUCGCCUCAGAGAGGACCUUUGUCAGGAGGUGUCACUACAUUUGUGGCGCUGUAUGACUAUGAGUCACGCACCGCAUCCGAUCUGACCUUUCGGAAAGGCGACAGGCUGCAGAUUGUCAACAACACAGAAGGAGACUGGUGGCUCGCUCGCUCCCUGACGACCGGAGAGAGCGGUUACAUCCCCAGCAACUACGUGGCGCCGUCGGACUCCAUCCAAGCCGAAGAGUGGUACUUUGGCAAGAUCACAAGGCGGGACUCGGAAAGGAUCCUUCUGAAUUUGCAGAACAGACGAGGGACUUUCUUGGUGCGGGAGAGCGAGACUACGAAAGGAGCCUACUGCCUGUCAGUGCUGGACUACGACAACACCAAAGGGCUGAAUGUGAAACAUUACAAGAUCCGGAAGCUGGACAGCGGCGGGUUCUACAUCACGUCUCGCACGCAGUUCACCAGCUUGCAGCAGCUCGUCUUCCAUUACCGCAAGCACUCCGACGGGCUGUGCCACGCUCUAACCGACGUGUGCCCCGUGUCCAAGCCUCACCAGGGACUGGCGAGGGACGCCUGGGAGAUCCCCCGAGAGUCCCCUCCGCUCGACCUCAAACUGGGCCAGGGCUGCUUUGGAGAGGUGUGUGUCCCCCUGUCAGGUACGUGGAACGGUACGACGCGGGUGGCCAUCAAGACCCUCAAGCCUGGCACCAUGUCACCAGAGGCCUUUCUGCAGGAAGCACAGGUCAUGAAGAAGCUCAGGCACGAGAAGCUGGUGCAGCUCUACGCCGUAGUCUCAGAGGAACCCAUCUACAUCGUGACCGAGUACAUGAGCCAAGGCAGCUUGCUGGACUUCCUCAAAGGGGAAGCGGGCAAAAUGCUGCGACUGCCUCAGCUGGUGGACAUGGCUGCUCAGAUCGCAGCGGGGAUGGCUUACGUGGAGAGGAUGAACUACGUGCACAGGGACCUGCGCGCCGCCAACAUCCUGGUGGGUGACAACCUGGUGUGCAAGGUGGCCGACUUCGGACUGGCCAGACUCAUCGAGGACAACGAGUACACUGCCAGACAAGGAGCCAAAUUCCCAAUCAAGUGGACGGCGCCAGAAGCUGCUCUUUACGGCCGUUUCACCAUCAAGUCUGACGUGUGGUCCUUUGGCGUGCUGCUGACCGAGCUGGCCACGAAAGGCAGAGUCCCUUAUCCAGGCAUGGUGAACCGCGAGGUGCUGGACCAGGUGGAGCGCGGCUACCGCAUGCCGUGUCCGUCCGAGUGCCCCGGGUCCUUGCACGAGCUCAUGCUCUCCUGCUGGCGGAAGGACCCGGAAGAGAGGCCCACCUUCGAGUACUUGCAGGGCUUUCUGGAGGACUACUUCACCUCCACGGAACCCCAGUAUCAGCCUGGGGAGAACCUAUAGAACCACACACACACACACACACACACACACACACACACACACACACACACACACACACACACACACACACGCACACACGCACACACACACACACGAUGUGCACUAAACCACCUCAUUGGCUGCUCUGUGCCAUCAUGGACUUGCAGAAGCUGCUUUUCUGCCAGCACUCACGGUUUACUGGACACUCAGGCUUUGAGGGGCUUCACGGAUGUGGGAGGAGCCAAAGGAGGAGGCGGGACAGACUAAGUCCAAGAGGUACAAAAUGGUCCCUUAUUAUUAUUAUUUUUUUUUUUUCUUCUUAACCGUCCCCCCCCCCAUCACCUGGAGACGUCGACACAGGUGCCACUCGUCCUCUUUUCAGUGUCUCCAGUUUUUACAAAGCGCCGCUGCUGCUUCUUCUUCUUCAAAACACUCUGCUCCGGAACUUUCUGUAUGUUUACCGUGGACGUGGACUCAGUCAGGUCACAUGACGUUAAACCUGCACUGAACAGAGGCCAUUUGUACUUUGUAGUGACAUUGAUGGACAUUUCAUGGAACCCAAACGUUACACAGACCUGCCAACCCUCCGGAAGGUUCCGUACCGGAAAUCAGUACGUUCCAACACGUCCCGUAUCCUGCGGGGAAUCAAAAUUUUUACACAGGCUCCCACUGGCGACGUGUUUGUCGGUAGCUGUAACGCUAACGAGCGCUUGAUCCACCUUUUUUUUUUUUUUUACGUAAUAAUACGCACAAUGACAAAUAUGCUACGUUAGCUACGUGCUAACAUUACACUCAGUUUGCGUUUGCCAAAUAAAAACGAAAACAGUUUUUUUCUUAA